AUGGCGACCACCUUCAAACUCAACACGGGAACAAAAAUCCCUGCAGUUGGAUUUGGAACCUGGCAGGACGUAGGACAACAAGAGCAGGCCGUAGCUGAAGCGAUUAAACAGGGAUACCGCCACAUCGACACGGCUCGCGUAUACGAAACAGAGAAGGCAGUGGGAGCGGCCAUUAGAAAGAGCGGAGUGCCUCGCGAGCAGCUUUUUAUCACAACUAAGCUCUGGAACAACAAACAUCACCCAGAUGACGUCGCUCAGGCUCUCCAGGAUUCGCUCGACGAUCUGCAAUUGGAUUAUGUAGACCUUUUCCUAAUGCAUUGGCCAGUGGCUUGGAGACGAGGUUCCGAGCUUUUCCCCAAGGAGAAUGGGAAGAUUGCAGUGGUGGACAUUGACUAUGUCGAUACAUACAAAGCCAUGGAGAAAUUGUUAUCCACCGGCAAAGUCAGAGCUAUUGGUGUUUCGAACUUCUCGAAGGGCGAGAUGGAACGCUUGCUGCAGAAUUCCUCCGUCGUCCCUGCAGUGCAUCAGCUAGAAGGCCACCCAUGGUUGCAACAGCGUGCAUUUGCCGACUGGCACAAAUUGAAAGACAUCCAUGUGACCCAUUAUUCGCCCUUCGGAAACCAGAAUGAGUUCUAUACGGACGGUGGUACUAUUGGCAAACUCAUCGAUGACCCUGUGCUGGUAGAGAUUGGAGAGAAGUACAACAAAAGUUCUGCGCAAGUUGCUCUGGCAUGGGGAAUUACACGGGGACAUUCGGUGCUCCCUAAAUCAAAGACACCCUCGAGGAUCAAAGCAAACCUUGAAGGUGACUUCCAGCUGAAUACAGACGAUGUGCAAAAGAUCCAGGAGAUUGACAAAAAGCUUCGAUUCAACGACAGCAGUGUGGACUUUGGCCGUGAAUUCUUCUCCGAUUUAGAUGGCAAAAAAUAA